AUGGAUGAGGACUUUAACCCGGACGACUGGGAGUUCGCAGUUCCGCUCCCCGCAUCCCCGGGGGGCACCGUCCCCAGUAUUGAGUUUCCACCGGAACUACUGAAACCGGAUACGUGCGUGGUCAGUCUUGAGAAAUGGUGCAGAGCUUGUGGGGAGCCGAUGAACAGUGGAGAGUCGUUUGUAUCUGUCUUCCUGGAUGAUGGCAACGUCAGAAUCGUUGGCGCUCAAGAAUAUCCGGCUCGUGAAGACGAAGACGAAGAUGAUGGGUCUGACAUGCGGGCGGUCCGUAGACCCUUCUUCAACUGGGAUCCCUUUGGUAGGCGUCUUAAGCCCAGUCACCUCGAGAGUGCCACGAUACACACCGAGUGUUUUAAUCUGUUCCGACGCAACUGCCCAGAUGACCAGGUGGCGCCCCGGCUGUUGCUUGCGGGACGCUGGAGAAGCCCUUGGGAGGGUGCGCCGAAAUUCAUAUUGACCGUCAAAUCCGAUGUUACUAGCUUGAUACGGCUGGCGGCGAUAGCAUGCAAUCUACCGCAGUUGGAAUUGAUGCCAAUGGAGCUCAAGCGCCUGGUGUUUGAAGAGUUGAUCACCCAGCCGUGCGCUCUUACUCGCUAUUACUCUGUUACAUCGCUAGCCGCCGAUUCGAGCCGCCGGCCUUUGGACGAGCAAUUCUCAAUGCCCAUUGCCAAAGUUGCUCAUUGGGAGCGAGGCCAAGGCCCGGCGAGCGAGGAGGAAGUUCUUCCACCUGUCAUUCGAAUCAUCAUUGACUCUCAGGGAAUCAGCCGCAUCGAGAGGCUUGCAAAAAGGCCCGAAGCACUUUCACAGCCAUCGGAUACUGAAUUGUAUAUUGUGGAGAGUCAAGAAACGCUAAAGCACGUUCAGGUGCAAUUUCAGUCAGGAUUAGCGCGCCUAAGGCACUUUGGAGAUGCAAAAGCAACAUAUCUUCUUCCCUGGGACACACCCUCACCUCCGGUUGUAGAACAUUUGCUAAGCCCAACAGCUGGGCGGCCCAGUCAUGCCAGAGUAAUGCAAUUCGCAACCAUUGACCAGUCAAAGAUAUCAGGAAUUACAUUUUUCUUGACAUGGGCAAAUCAUUAUGCUUCACCUAGGCCGGCUGGGCCCCAGUUCUUUAUGCAUGCGCACACCCCCAAGGAACCUUCUGCUAGAUCAACAUUCGAUAAGCUCCUCUACCCACAAGACUGGGCUGGGGUUUGGAACUAUGUGCCGUUUCCACAUAACGACCGAUUGAUUUGUUUUGGGAUUGAACACGAAUCUGAUACGAAUCUCAAGGUCUUGUUUCGAUUUGAGAAAGCCGGCGAUGUUAUGGUUGGUAUCCAGUAUGACCGAUAUCCCAACCGCACCCAGACGGUGUGGGCGGCAAGCAGCAAACUGCAGCUUAUUUGCGGUCUAUCAGAGUCCGGCAGCGUCAUCACACUGGACGCAGAAGCCGAUGGGAGCCAAACACCAGACCGGCCUUUCAGACUGCCCUUUAGGCAGACCGUGGUGCCAUAUAGUCACGGAGGAUGUUUGUCGUGGGCACCGCUGGAGCACGUUGCACGUCUACGACUUUUCACGGACGAAGAUGCUGGCAUCUGCCGGGGUCUUUUGCUAGAAUAUGAAGAUGGUGGACAAAGAGCUGUUGGAGAAUGCCGAGUUGGCCUUGAUGUAGAGCGGGCCUAUGAGAGGCCCGUGGGCCUUUGCAUUGGGCGGAAGUCGGGCUUUUCUCGCUGGAGUAUUAGAGUCAGAGUUGAUGGGCAAGCGGAGCACAUGCAUUCGGAAAGAAAUUGGCAAUGUUACCCAAUGCGCGGCACUCUGGUUUCUUGGCAGAAGCGGGGGUUUUCUACGCUCAAAGUAGUUGUUGAUGAUGAUGGUGUUGAUAAUGGUGGUGGUGGUGGUGGUGGUGCUGCUGCUGCUGACGAUGGUGUUGAUGAUGAUGAUAUGCCAUUUUAG